GAAUUCAAGUUUCUAGCACUAGAGGAAUAAAAAUUAAUUGCUAUUAAAAAGUCAUUUAUCAAAAAUGUCAAUUAACUGUCAAAAACGUAACUAAAGAAUAUAUUUUUUCGUAGAUUUUACAAUAUUCGAUUACAACACCUGAUAACUUACUGCCCAUAAAUGAUGGAAAUUCAUUUACCCAUUAAAAACAGUUCGAAAACCACCAACACCUUGAAAGAAAACCUGAAAAAAGAAACCCAAGAACGCAAACGAAACAUUCUCCAUUUGAUCUUCAAAUACCUCGUCGAUAAUAACUUGCUCUCAGUCGCUGAAGUUCUCCAAAACGAAACCCAAACUGGAAUUUACUACCAAGUUUGCGACAACAUUGACUUGGAAAUAAUUCUUCAAGAAUACCAAAGUUACUAUUAUACAAAAUUCCAAAAACAACCAAAAAUAUUACGAAAAACUACCGAAAAUGAAAAAGUCAUACCUUUAAAGAAAGAACGCAAAUCCGCAGCUAAAGAAAAACAACCCCUAAAACAAGAAAAAAGUAACGAUACUUUCCAAUUCGAAAUUGUCACAUUGUCAAAAGAAUCUAGCUUGAGUGACAUCCAAUCAAAACCCUUGAUCGACUUUGAAAACUACUCAUCAGAAUGGCGUGAAAUGGCCGAUCAAAUAAUUAAACAAAUCGUAACGAAAACAUUGGGAAUAACCUUUAAGGAUUGUAUUAGUCUCAGCUCCACUAUUGAGACGCUGAAAGAAGCGAUAAUUUACCCUUUGAGCUAUCCUCAACUGUUUGAGAAAGCCUGCACUUGGCGAGGUGUCCUGCUCUACGGCCCUCCAGGCACCGGAAAAACUUUACUAGCCAAAGCUUUAGCAUGCGAAUCCCCAUCUACGUUCAUCAACGUCACCAGUAGCGCUUUCAUUAGCAAAUGGCGUGGAGAAUCGGAGAAAAUGGUCAAAGUAUUAUUCGACGUUGCCAAAUUCUAUUCACCCACGACGAUUUUCAUCGACGAAAUCGACGCUUUAGCCUCGAAAUCACACGAUUCGGAUCACGAAGCUUCGCGUCGUUUCAAAAGCGAGCUUUUAACACAAAUCGAUGGUAUUGUUAAAAAUGAGGAAGUGUUUGUUUUGGCUACAACAAACAAUCCAUGGACCAUAGAUAAUGCCCUUCUGAGACGAUUUGAGAAACGAAUUUUGGUGCCUCUACCAGAUAAAGAUUCAAGAAGUGAAUUGUUCCAGUAUUACUUUUCAAAAAACGGAUACGAUUUUAAGAAUGAAGACUUGACGGCGUUUGUUAAUCUGACUGAAAGUUUCUCAGGCUCUGAUGUGAAAAACGUGUGCAAAGAAGUUGAAAUGAUUUUAAUAAGGGAAAAAUUAGAUCAAAUUAGAAGAGGUGAUAGGAAAAAGUGUGGAACUAGACAAGUGAAAAGUGAUGACGUAUUAAACGCACUCAAGAAAAUCAAACCGUGUAUUGAACAAACCGACUAUAAGAAGUAUUUAGAGUGGGGCCGAAAAUAUGGGGCCACGUAACACUGAUCUUAAUGUAAUUAUUUAAAUAUUCUUAUAAACAUAAUGACUAAAAUAA